UCGCCUCGCGCCAGUCCAACGCCGGCUCUUGGCUGUACCGCGCGCGUUUUAAAAAAACUUUCUUCCGCAGUGUCUAUGUUGACAGUGUUUUUUUCUGUGGAUAUAUCGAUAUUUUUUCUUGAGGUUUUAAUGUGAUUAUUUGAAUUUUUUUUGGAAUAUUGAUGAAGUUUUUAUGUUUGAAUAGUAGAACUUCAAGUGAAAAUAGCGAUGUUUUUGUAGUAUUGUGUUGAAUUUAAAAGUGAUGAUGACAUAUGAUAAAAUGUGACAUUUGCGAGAACGAAAUAUACGAAAAUCAAGAUGUGCAGUAAGGACCAGAUAACGCAUAUCCUCGGGAAGAUCAAUGUGGGUGUACCUUCGUGGUCGCGCAGCGUGGAGGCGGCGGAGGCGGCGCGCGCGCGCCUUGUGCGGUGGGCGUGCGGCGAGCCGGCCGCCGAUCAGGACACCGCGCCCCGCAAGAAGAUGCCCCACGCGUUGCGCCGCCGCUGGCCCUUCUGCCCUUGUCUACAGAAUGAUGAGCCACCAGAGAUCACGUACUGCGUGGUGGGAGGUGAGGGUGCGCUGGCGUUACAUGCCGUCACGCCUACCCAUCCUAUGCCACCGCAGGACGAGCUCGACGCCAAGUUUGCUGAGCUAGUGGAGGAACUCGACCUGACGGCGGUAAACAAAGCAGCGAUGAUGGAACUGCCGGCGGCCAAGAAGUGGCAGAUAUACUGCAGCCGUCGACCGCCUAUCGGCUCACAGCCGCUGGCCAGCGCGCCACAAGUCGAGGAGUACGUUAAAGCACUAGGAGAGAUCGCUGAAGCGUUCGCUUCUACGGAAGGCGAUCUCCCAGCAGAAGCGUGCGCGUUAGUUGAUGGCUUGAAGACCGCGCUCAGGACUAGAGCACAUAGUUUCGUACUGCGGUUCAUCAAGCAAGGAGGUCUGACCACACUUCUGGAGGCGUUACAACGAGCACCCAGAGACGAAGCAAUCAUUAGACAUAAUCUUAUCGCUGGGAUAAAGGCUCUUAUGAACAACUCGACCGGUCGCGCCCACGUGCUUGCCCACCCAGCGAGUAUCGACCUCAUCGCUCAGUCCUUAGACACGGAGAAUGUGAAGACAAAGGUCGCGGCUCUAGAAAUACUGGGUGCCGUCUGCCUCGUGCCUGGCGGACAUAAGAAGGUAUUAGAAGCGAUGGUGAACUAUCAGAAGUACGCGGGUGAGCGCGCGCGGUUCCAAGGCGUUGUGAAUGAGCUGGACCGAAGUUCGGGCGCGUACCGCGACGACCUCGGCCUUAAGACCGCCAUCAUGUCCUUUGUCAACGCCGUACUUAACUACGGCCCUGGAGAAGACAGCCUUGAAUUCCGACUGCAUCUGCGAUACGAACUACUCAUGUUAGGGAUACAACCGGUGAUCGAAAAACUUCGUAAAUACGAGAACGAAACCUUAGACCGUCAUAUCGAGUUCUUCGAAAUGGUCCGCAACGAGGACGAGCGCGAGCUGGCGCGCCGCUUCGACAAGCAGCAUGUAGACACAAAGAGCGCGGCCGCCAUGUUCGAGUUACUGCGCCGCAAGCUCAGCCACACCGCUGCCUACCCACAUCUGCUCUCCCUGCUGCAGCAUCUGCUGCUGCUGCCGCUGGAGUACAACCCUCACUCGCAGCACUGGUUGCUGCUGGACCGCGUGGUGCAGCAGCUGGUGCUGCAGCAGGCGGCCGCCGGCAGCCGCGCCGCUAGCGAACAGGGAUCCCUUAAAGAUGACGCAUCCGAAAACAACAAGGUUUACGAUCCAGAUAUGGCUCCUUUGGAAAUUAACGUCGGCGAAAUUGUUCAUCUUCUAGCAAAAGAAGAAGAACUAGUCGCUGCUAGAACGAAAGCGGAGAACCUAGAAAGAGAAAACGUAGAUCUGGCGACAGAAUUAGCAAAGAAGGAGAAGCAAGUGGACGAGCGCUCGCAGGAGAAGGAGGAGUUAGAAGGAGUGGUGCAGAGGAUGAAGGAGCGGCUAGAGAGGGAGACUGCCGCGCACAUGGAGUGGACAGAGAGAGCGCAUCAGCUCGACCAGCAGUUAAGUCACGAGCGAGCCGAGCGCGCCCGCUUCGAGAAGCUAGUCAGUGAGGGCAGUAUACCUGAUGAUGCUAAGGUGAGUAACUUGAAGAGCGCAGUGAUAGAAUCAUGCGCGGGGGGUGCGCCCCCUCCCCCGCCGCCUCCUCUAGUGCGCGCACCCCCCGCGCCCCCCGCGCCGCCCGCGCCGCCCCCGCCCACCGCGCACCUGCCCGCCGCGCCCGCCCCCGCCCCCCGCCAGCGCAAGCACGUGCCGCCGCCCGGCAACCCGCUGAAGAGCUUCAACUGGAGCAAGCUGCCGGACGCCAAGCUGCACGGCACCAUCUGGCAGGAGCUGGACGACACCCGCCUCUACACCGCCAUAGAUCUGCACUCCAUCGACAAGAUGUUCUGCGCUUACCAGAAGAACGGCGUACAGAACGAGGGUUCAGUGGAGGACCUGCGCCAGCUGGGGGCGAAGCCGCGUACAAAGAUCCUCACAGUGAUAGACGGCCGCCGCGCCCAGAACUGCACCAUACUACUCUCCAAGCUCAAGAUGACUGAUGAAGAGAUUUGUCGAGCGAUCUUGAAGAUGGACAAAGACGAGCAGCUGCCGAUAGACAUGGUGGAGCAGCUGCUGAAGUUCACGCCGAGCGCGGAGGAGGCGGCUCUGCUGGAGGAGCACCAGGACGAGCUGGACAGCAUGGCGCGCGCUGACAGAUUCCUAUACGAGAUCUCCAAGUAAGUUGCAAUAGCCAGUUGUCGA